CUUUUGGCAGUAAAAAGUGACUCCUGCAAUAGCAAUUAACAGCUCUGCAUUCUGCUCUGUUUAGGCCCUUAUACAGAGUUUAAAGUAGCCAUGGCUGAUUUCCAGACCUCUACGCAUCGAGUCAAGUGGAUUUUCUCUCCAACCGAUCUUUUGGAAAAAUGCAAAGCUACGAAUCAAAGAGCUAGAAAAACUCUGGAGCAGUAUGGAGCAACACGUAUGGAAGUAGAUGUUGAUGGGUCAUUGUCUUAUCCACAAGCUCAACUUGAUGCAAAAGAUAAUGCUGAGAAGCACUCCCUUCCGAAGGCACUUAAUAUUGAGGAAGAGCAACUUAUGCGGGUGUUCUAUGAACAUAAGAUUCAAGAAGUAUGUGGCGCCUUUGGAUUUCCACAUAAAAUUCAGGCAACAGCCAUCAUAUACUUUAAAAGGUUUUAUUUGCAAUGGUCUGUCAUGGAGCAUCACCCAAAGCACAUAAUGUUAACUUGCAUUUAUGCAUCAUGUAAAAUAGAAGAAAACCAUGUAUCUGCAGAGGAGCUUGGUAAGGGGAUUCAACAGGAUCAUCAAAUGAUUCUCAAUAAUGAGAUGAUAGUUCUUCAGAGCCUGGGAUUUGAUCUUAUUGUUUACGCACCAUAUCGGACACUUGAAGGUUUUGUUGAUGAUAUGGAGGAGUUUUGCCAGGCGAAGGACGACCAGCUGCAAAAGUUGAAGGAUUUGCAAGAAACAGCAAAAUUGGAAGUAGAUAAAACGAUGCUCACUGAUGCGCCACUUCUCUUCCCUCCUGGCCAGUUGGGAUUGGCGGCUUUGCGUAGAUCGAAUGAGCUACACAGUGUUCUCACUUUUGAGAGAUAUUUGGAGAGCAUCUUAUCUCGUCAACAUUCUGUGCACUCCAUGUCUGAACUCGGUGAAUCGCUGGAUGCCAUAGAUUCUUUGGUGAGUAAACUCAAAAUCCCCACAGCCAAGGAUAUGCGGCACAUUGAUCGGAAACUCAAGUCAUGUUGGGAUCCUAGCUCACAGGAUGACAAGAAACGGGAGAAGAAAUCAAAGCACAAGUCCAAGAAAGCUUCAGCUGAAACACCAGGCGUGCCUUCUGUUGCUGCACCGUAAAGGUACCAUACCUCUGUUCCAUAUCUUGGUCUGAAGAAGCAGCUUCAUGCAGAAAUUCACAUACUUUUCAACAUUCUGAGGACAAUGUUUCAGUGAGGAUGGAGUGCAUCAAAGCUGUGUUGAGUCUAAAGGAUUCCUUAACAUAGCAUAAUGUCCUCUGUGUAACAGUUAAUUGAGGUUCAAUUUUGGUUCUGCAUCUGCCGUAACCCAGAGUGAAGCAUUCAUAUUCAUAAUUUUGCGCAUUACUGUGUAUAGUCUUCAUUUCUACUAAUGUCCCAUUUUGGUGGAAGUUGUUACUUAAAUCUACCUCCAUACUGUAGUAAUUUCAACAUCUCGAGUUUUA